AUGAGCCGGUCAUCAGAAGGACCUUCAGUCCUCAAGCAUAAGCGCCAAGACUAUGGUUCCCAGGCGGACACUCUGACAGAGCAUGAGCGCAGAAUCUAUGAUGCCAUCCGCAGCACAAAAGAUAUGGGCAUAAACAAACAAGCAAUUAAGCGAGAAACAAAUCUCACUAUCGUGCUGGUAAACAAGUCCCUCAAAACACUUGUAGACAAGAAAAAGAUAAAAGUAGUUAAAGGGAUCAGUUCCAAUGCGAGAUGGGGACUGUACAUGGCUGUAGAAUUUGAGGCCUCGGACGAGAUAACUGGUGGCACGUGGUAUGAGGAUGGGAACUUGGAUGUAGAAUCUGUUAACGUUGUGAAAAAGCUGUGCGUGAUGUUUAUCAACAAGCACGAAGUUGCUACUUUGAAAGAGAUUUUAGCAGAAGUUGAACGUACAAGGAUUUUGAAUGAUAAAUUGGCCCCUAAGGACAUGAAGGAGCUUCUGCAGGCUUUGGUUUUGGACAAUAAGGUCAUGAAGGCUGGGGCAGACGGUUAUAAGUGCUGCAAGAGAGGUACCAGUGGAGAACCAAAACUGGCAGCCAUGGCUUCGAUUCCCUGUGGAGUCUGUCCAAGGAUAAAUCAAUGUACCCCAGAUGGCGUUAUUUCCCCGGGAACGUGUGAACACUUCAAAAAAUGGUUGGAUUUUUGA